AAUGUAAAUUUGUUUUCUGAAAUGUAAAUUUGUUUCGGUACUUGUAAAAGUGUUUUGCACCCCACGGCCACCGUAUAUCUCUGCUGGAAAACAAGGAAGAAGGUUGGAAAUAAUGAGAAGACAGCAAAACAAACGCAAGCAUCAGUAAAUGAGUCCAUGUUGGCAUCACCAUGGUUCUGUGGCAACUUCGCACCCUUGACCACCUCAAUACUUCUGAGUUUGGUCGUCCAUUUCCACGACACGGCCUUCAGCUACUGUUUUGGUUCUCCAACCACUGCGUGUACUUUGAACUGAAUAACUCUGGGGACGUCAUGAAGUUGGUCUCAGAGUGUCAGCCGGAGAAGGGGGUUUACGGCUUCCACAAGUUUGGGAACGUGGAGGAACUUCUGCCUGUUCUCUACAAACCCAAGAAGAACAAGAGCAUCAGACAGAUCUUUGCUGAAAACGGACCAACGUAUCCGUCACCAGACUGAUGGAGCCAGAAGAGGAGAUUUACGUUAAUUUGGAGGAGCUGGAUCUCUCCAAACCCCAACGACCCGAAGACACAGGAGCUAAACCCAUGAAAACAGAGUCUCUGGCUGAGAGGGAAACCAGAACCUGCUCGUGGUUUAAGGUGGCAACACUUUGUCUGGGCUUGCUGAGUUUCCUCCUGCUGUUGUCGGUGAUGGCUGUCAGUGUCCUGUAUCAAAGAGACUUCAGUCAGCUGAGCAGAGACCUGGCCAAUCAGACGGGAGAGAGAAACCAGCUGCUGAUGAUGUACCAGAACCUGACCAAUGAGAGGGAUCAGUUAGGCGUCAGUCUAAAGAUGGCAGAGCAUCAUCUGGACCAAAUGAGGACAGAUUCUGUAACAUGCCCUGCUGGAUGGAGGAGGUUUGGCUGCAGCUGUUACCUUUUGUCUUCAUUAAGGAACUCCUGGGAAAGCAGCAGAUCUCAGUGUUCAUGGAAUGGAGCAGAUUUGGUGAUCAUCAACAGUCAGGAGGAAAUGGUGUUUCUGAAUAAGCUUGGAGCUCAGCUGAAGUUUUGGAUCGGCCUGAAGCAAACAUCCCAGGAAGCUGGAUGGAAGUGGACCGAUGGAAGUUUCUCAAGAACCAUGUACUGGCAGUACCGACAGUCAUUAUGGAGCCAGCCCAGAACUCAGAGUUGUGCAGCUUUUAACAGUUUUCAAAGCUCUCUGUGGGACAUCAGAUCAUGGAGCCAUGAGAUGUGUUCUCUACAGCUGCAGUGGGUUUGUGAGAAAAAGGCUUCUUAUAGCCUCAUCUUCUCAUAAGUUUGUUUGGAAAACAUUGAGACAUGGAGUGAAGUUCUGGAUGUGCAUUUAUGAAGAUGCUGAUUAUUAGAUUCAUAUCGUUUAUAAUUGUUUAACUGAAUAAAUCAUGUUUUUUGUGAAAUGUGUUCUUUGCACCAGUGCGUUGAUGUAUCAAAUAAAUAUUUUCUGGACUUAUUUUUAGCAUCUCA